GACAAAAAAAAAAACUUGUGUCCCCUGCUUCUCGCAUGGUUCAUCGGAUGCGUUCAUGUUAUUCUGAUUGGUUCUCUUAAUUCCUUUCUCUCUCUCUCUCUCUGUCUCAUCUACCUUCCUCUGUUUCGUUUCAUUACAAUCUCACAGAAAGUUAUUACACAUUAACGUGGGUCCUUCAACCUCUUGAAGGACCCCGCCAUCGUUAAUCCCCUCAACAACAAAAAAAGUUAGGCUUUUUCAGAUUCUGAUAAUCAUGAAUUGUUUUCCGUGUUUCAAUUCACAAAGGAACAGAAACCUUUCUUGUAAGAACGGGACUAACGAACACGAUGAUCACGACUUCAGACCACCUGUGGCGACGACGAAACAUAUAGAGGAAAGAGAAACAGAGCAAACGCCGCUUAAAACAUUCAAUUUCCGGGAACUAGCGAUGGCAACGAAGAACUUCCGACAAGAAUGUCUUAUAGGAGAAGGUGGGUUCGGUAGAGUUUACAAAGGAACCCUUCAAUCUACUGGCCAGGUGGUAGCUGUGAAGCAGCUAGACAAGCAUGGACUACAUGGUAACAAAGAGUUUCAAGCACAAGUCCUGUCAUUAGCUAAACUCCAACACCCGAAUCUCGUCAAGCUGAUAGGAUACUGCGCUGAUGGAGACCAAAGGCUUUUAGUCUAUGAAUAUUUCUCUAGUGUUUCCCUUCAAGACCACCUCUACGAGCAAAAGCCAAGCCACAAGCAUAUGGAUUGGAUAACCAGGAUGAAGAUUGCGUUCGGUGCAGCGGAAGGACUGGAUUACUUACAUGAUAAAGUGAAUCCACCGGUGAUAUACCGUGAUCUGAAAGCUUCUAACGUCUUGUUAGACGACGAGUUUUACCCUAGGCUUUGUGAUUUUGGUUUGCAAAUUCUAUCCCCCGGGGCUGGUGACAGCUUGUUUCUUUCUUCAAGGGUUAUGGACACUUAUGGUUACUCAGCACCUGAGUACACUCGAGGAGACGAGGUCACUAUCAAAUCAGAUGUUUAUAGCUUUGGAGUUGUGUUGCUUGAACUUAUAACUGGUAGAAGAGCUAUUGACACUACUAAACCUAACGAUGAACAAAACCUAGUUGCUUGGGCACAACCGAUAUUUAGAGACCCAACUAGAUAUCCGGAUAUGGCGGAUCCUCUCUUGAGGAGGAAGUUCUCAGAGAGAGGGUUGAAUCAAGCAGUGGCGAUAACAUCAAUGUGUUUACAAGAUGAACCAAGUGCUCGUCCUUUGAUAAGCGAUGUAAUGGUUGCGCUUAGCUUCCUUUCCAUGUCUACUGAUGGUAUUCCAACCGCGGUUCCAGUUUCAUCGUUUAGGGACAAGAGUAUGUCUAUUGCUUUGAGCAGACACGGUUCUUGUUCUGUGGUUCCCUUUUCACUUCCUCGGAAAGAGGAAGAUGACGCAUCUAGUGUCUCAUCAUCAGACUCGGAAGAUGAAGAAGAACAAGAAGAAGAAUCAAGAAGUAUGAAGAAGCAAGAUGAGGAAACAAACGGAAAUGAUUCAGAAGACGAGUCUGAUUCAAACUCAGAGAAGGAUCAAGAAGAGGAACAAGAUUCUCCUCAGUUGGAGAAAGCUAGAAGCUCUAGCAGUUCAUCUGACUCUGGAAGCGAGAGGAGAAGGUCUAUUGAAGAAACUAAUGCAACUGCUCAGAGCUUGAAGAUAAAGUAUGGUUAUAGCUCUGAAGAGGAAGAUAACGAGAGGCUGAGCAGUAAAAGCAGCUUUAAAUCAAAUGGAGAGAGUUUGCUUUCUUUGCGGUUUGACAGCGAAAGAAAUCACAAUGAUUCGUCUAACAACACAAGCAUGCGAGUCAAUAGUCUUGCUCAUGAUGAUGAUGAUGAUGAUGAUGAUGAUAAUGAGGAGGAGGAGGAGGAGAAUCAUGAAACUCGGCUUGAGCAUAUUCAUAGCUCAAAAUCUGAAGUCCAAAGUAUUUAUUCAGACGAUAAUACAUGCGAGGGAAGUGGUGACUCGUCUUUGCGUCGCAUCGAACCAGAGGAAGAAGACCAUGAUUCUUCUGAUCGAGAGUGAAUAUUUUUUUCAAGAGUUUUCUCUCAGAACUUGUUGAUUAAAAAAAAGUCAUGAUUGACAUUUGUAACACGAAAAAAAUGUUUCGACUUCUCUUGUUUUAAAACAAACCAGUUGUUGUCGCAUGAAUCUAACAUACAUUUGUCUGCAACUCUUUUCGGAAAUAUGAAACUUAACACACACUUUUGUGUGUAUU